AAGGAAAGACUGCACCUCUUUACGUCUGCAGCUUUAUUAUUAUUUUCACCUGUGCACAAUAAGUCAGGAGCGAUGAAGCUACUCGCUUUUUUAAUGUGCAUCAUAAAUUAUCCUCUGCUUACAAAUCAAGAGGAGAACACAUCGGAAGUGGAACAAGGUUCAUGGUUUUUUCCUGAUAACAACACUUAUGUCUAUCCUGACUACUAUGACAAUGUCUCCCCCUGCGAAAUACACGUGCCUGGAUUUAACACCCUCGCCCUUCUGGUCAUCUACAUCAUCGUGUUCGUGUUCAGCGUGUUGGGCAACAGCGUGGUGGUCUUCGUGGUCUGCUCUAUGAGUAAAGGCAGAGCCAGCACAGAUAUCUACUUGAUGCACCUUGCCCUGGCUGACCUCCUCUUCUGUUUCACUCUCCCCUUCUGGGCCGUCGAGUCUCACUACGGUUGGAUCUUCGGUACCCUCCCCUGCAAGUUCAUUUCCAGCUUCCAGGAGGCGUCAGUGUACAGCAGCAUCUUCCUGCUGGUGUGCAUCAGUGUGGACCGCUACUUUGCCAUCGUAAGAGCGAAGCGAGUGUUGUCCUCCCGCCACCUGCUGGUGAAGGUGAUCUGCGCCGUUGUGUGGCUGAUGUCCGGGUUGCUGUCUGUACCCGUGGCAGUUCAAAGGGAGGAAAUCCUUCAUUCUGAACUGAACCAGUUCAUUUGCUAUGAGAACCUAACCGGGGAGAGUAGAGACCAGUGGCUGGUCGGCCUCCGGGUUCUGCGGCACUCUCUGGGCUUCUUCCUCCCCCUGGUGGUGAUGGCGUUCUGCUACGGCUGGACGGUGGUGACGCUGUUCAGCACGCGCAGUCAACAGAAGCACAAGGCCAUGCGCGUCAUCCUGGCAGUCGUUCUGGCGUUCAUUUGUUGCUGGCUGCCUUACAACGUCACCGUUCUGAUAGACACACUCUAUCGAGGCGGGUCGCUCGAAGAAACCUGCAGCAUCCGCUACAGAGUGGAGGCCAUGCUGGAGGUGACCAAGUUCAUCGCCUUCCUCCACUGCAUGGUGAACCCGGUGCUGUACGCCUUCAUCGGGGAGAAGUUUCGGAACGAGCUGCUGACGGCUCUCUACAAACAGGGCAUCAUCAGCAAGAAGCUCUGGGUGUCUUACAGGAAGGGUUCUGUGGCCAGCGUGGCCAGUCUCCGGUCCAGAAACACCUCUGUGUCGGUGUAAGCUAACGCUGCAUGGCCUUGAUGCUCACUUCCAAUAUUUUGGGGGUUUUUCACGAUCAUUCAUAAUAAUAAACCCAACUUCAAUGAUUAUGUCCCCAAAGCGACCUGCUUGUGCCGAAGAAACCUGGACAACAAAUCAGUAACAACAUAUAAAAAUGAACAUCAAAUAACUCACCAACUCUUUGGUCACCUAGCAACAGCCUGUUGAGUAACUUGUGCAGCAGCAGUUUCAGGUUUUAUUAUAACUGUCUAAAAAUAAAAACAGCACAGAGUGAGAGGAAAGUCACACCACCAGUUCGGCAGCAUUGAUCAGAAACCCUUCACUGCGUAACGUUUUCCAGCCAAACUGUCCUGCCUCUCUGUGACGUCACAGCAGUUUGGGCCGUUUUAGACUGAAAGAAGUACAUUUGGGUCACAUGUCCCUGCUGUGUGAACAUAGCCAUAAAUAUAAUUACUGAUGCAAAGAUGCAUAAAUGAGAUAUUUAGAAGUAUCUAGAGAAUCCAGGAAAAGUGUAAACAUUUAGCAGAAGUCUUAAAAUCUAUCUCUGGUUUUGUGUUUUUUGUGAAUUUCAGCAGGUUGUGCCACGAUGAUUUCCAUUGGGCGUAUUAGUGGAUAUUCAGGUAUAUUUGGUGUUUAAGCUUUUAAAUAGGAAACUAUCAGCAUUCUUCAAGGGUCCUGGAUGUUUACCUUUUAUUUUUUAAAUACUUAUUACUCUCAAGAUAAAACGCACAGAUGUCACAAAGCAA